AUGCCGAAUGGUUCGAGGCUUUUGAGCAGCUUCGAGGCUUUUGAGCAGCUUCGAGAGUAUUUGAAUUUUAUAGCCUCGAAGAAGCACACAGACUCUACUCUCUAUGGUGCAGUGGCUAUUGGAAUAUAUGUCCGUUUCUACCAGAUGGAAGAAGGUGAUACCCAGCCCUACGAUUUGUUCGGUAGAGCCGAUAAGCAGCCCUAUGGUCAAAAAAGCCGAGGAGAAAAUUCAUGA